AUGCAAACCGAAGCACGACCCGCUACAGAGGACAACUACUUCGUGUGCAGCGUGUGCGGCAUGCGAGAGAAGUACCACGUCGAGUGCGACUCCAUCAAGCGCUUCGGUCUGAGGUUCCUCGAAAAGGUGUACUUCGUCAAAGACGGCUCGGGCGAGGACCUGGGAGGCUUCGCCGUCGGUUCAGACUGUUCCGUGUGUCGGCGCGCCGUGUGCCACGCGAACGAGUGCAGCGUCUUCUACGCGAAGCGAUUCUGCAAAGCCUGCUUCGUUCAGCACAGCCUCCAGUUCCCGCCGCAGAUGAGACAGGCCUUUGGCAAAUAG